UACGUGAAACGAAGGGCACGAGCAAAACCAGGACACUGAAAAGGACUGGGGUGGCGCAGAAUCGAAUAAACUCUGUAUUUUGAAAGUUGUGGUUAUUUCCAACCCUACCGAGUUCGAUUAUAACGGACGGUUCGAUGAAUGCUCGAAUCCAUUAAAGCGGUUAAUUCACAGAAAGAAGACCGUGGAGGCUGGGCAGAUCUUCAACUGCUAUAAGGAUUCUCAAAUUCUUCAUGGGGUACAGUUGCAGAAUGCUAUGGGCUUUGUUUGAAUAAGUCAUUUGUAUGAAACUGGUAACUCCCACUCUGGGUCAGACAUGUCUGUGAUAGUGGGAGCGGGGCAGUUCAUAGCCCAGAGGGUCACCAGAAGCAUCACCUACUACUGCACCAGCCGGACACCAAGGGGCGAUACCCCCUCUCCUCCUACCAUCUCCCCCACCUCCUCCCAUCUAGAUGCUCCUUUUCCCUCACCCUCGUACUCCCUCUCCACCCCCUUGCCCUCUCACCACGACGUUUCCUCAGUUCUCACCCCUUCCGCUUUGGAUGUACCAACCCUCUCUCCAUCCUCAACCUCCUCCCACCGUCCCCUCCUCCUCCUCCCACCGUCCCCUCCUCCUGCUCCUCCCAUGGCUGGGCGCCCGACCGGGGGCCAUGGCGAAGUACCGGAACCUCUACCUGGAACGCGGCCUGGACAUCCUAUCUGUGGAGAGCACCGUGUGGCACUUCCUGUGGCCUCGCUGGGGGCUGGAGUAUGGGACCGAGGUCCUGGAGGUCCUUGACGACCCGCGUUUCAAAGGGCGCCCCCUUCUGGUCCACGCCUUCUCCAUCGGCGGGUACACCUUCACCCAGCUGCUCAGCCAGAUGGUCAGGGAGCCACACAAGUACCCGGGCCUGGCCCAACGGGUUGUAGGACAUGUCUAUGACAGCCUGGUGAUCGGGUCGCUGGAGCAUAUGGCUACAGGCCUGGGCAAGACCCUGUUCCCUCGUAUGGAGCCCCUGGUGCGAUACACCGCUCUGCUCUACUUCUGGCUCUUCAAGUCCCAGACGGUGCACUACUACGACAACUCAGUCCAGGUCUUCUACAACAGCCCUGUCACCGCCCCGGCGCUCUUCUUCUUCUGCGAGAACGACGCGCUGUGCGACCCCGUCGCCAUGGAGGCGGUCCUCGACUUCUGGAGGAAGCGGGGCGUUGCUGUGGAAACCAGGAAGUGGAAGGAGUCUGUGCACGCUGCUCAUCUAUGCUGUCACCCGGAGGAGUACCUGUCCACAUUGGAGACAUUUUUUAACUCGCUCAACGUCGCCCCCUUCAGGGCUAAGAUGUAAAUGGCUCAUGUGCUAAUCACAGUGAGGGGUUUGAUAAUUCAAUAAAUCCUGCAUACUCAUGCUCCAAAACAAAUGUUAUAACAGAUGUUAUAACAAUAUUAUAACAUAGUAUAACAUAGUGUAGUCAUGUAGCAUGUAAACUUUUAUCCAUAGAAACUUGGUUGACACAUACCCAGCAUAUGGGUCACGAGGGACUCAAACCCACAACACACUAGUUUUACUUCCCUGUUGCUAUAACAGCAACAUAUCCAAGCCUAACUCCUAGCAUGUGUUUUGACUGUGCUACGCAUUAUUAUCUAUUUGUACAGAUAUAGGAUCUUAAUUUGACCAGCAUUGUCGUAGCAAAAUAAUUAAUAUUUAGUCCAUAAUGUUUCUUGAUCAGUGGUCAGGCUAUUAAAAGUUGGCAACAUGAAAAGUGCAGUUCAGUUAAUAUAAGUGUGUUAGUGUGGGUUUUCAGUGAAUUUUCUGUGAAUGUAUGUAAAUCACGAAGCUCAUCUUCAUUUCCUGAAAAAUUCUCAGCAACAAGAGUGAUCAAAUUAAGUUACUAUAUCUGUAUGUGAGCUUACACAAUAUUGUCCAUGACACAGUCCAUACGCACCAGAUAACAGCAAGGUCACUAUCUUUAAGGUGAAACACGACAGACACAACUCACUAUACAUUGAUUUGCAAGAGAUUUAUUUAGUAUUUAUUGUAAUUGUUUUUACAUGAGUGUAUAUAUAUAUAUAUUCAUUCUCAAUAGCUGGUGACAAGGAGUACAGUGGGAGAGAGAGGGAGAGGAAACAUUUUGAAGAUGAGAAUGAACUAAAGAGGAGGAAUACAGAAAGAAGGAGUGUGAGGGUAACAAGAAAGGGAAGAAAUAGAUAGAAAAGAAACACAGGAGAUAGGGAAGAGAUAAUAUGUGAGAGGUGGAAGAAAGAGAGAUAGUUCAUGCCUGUCAAUUCAAUGAGUGGUGAGUGCCAAACAAUCUGUGGGGGGUUUUCUUAUCAGGCAUUUCUGGCAUCUGUUGCAUAUUUAAUCUAGUUUGUAUUAAACUUUUUAAGUCUGUUUUGUUCGCACAAAACUGAGCGUUCUUUAUGAGGAAGCAAAGUUAAGUAUGUGAUGAUAUACAGUAUCAUGGCCAAGGGUACAUGCUGUGAACUCCCAUAUGAUAUUUACUGCACACACCCCAGUUGGCAUGGGUUUGGCACUUGAGGAACAACCA